ACAUCGAUAGUGCACGUCAACUGUGCAUAUUUUGCAAAAAUAAAAAUUUAUAAAUUAUAUACUAAAGGAAACAUGGCCAAUUCCAAUACAAAUCAGUUGCAUCCAUUGGGUGCGACUACAUCUCAAACGUUCACAACGGCAUUAAAUCACACAGCAGCCUCCACCAUUGCGAUCAAUUUCCGAGAACUAAUCAAGGAACCAAAAGAAUUGGACGAGGCCUCCAACUAUUUGUACCAGGCACUACUAGAUGAUGUUGUGGCCGGCAUUUUUAUAGAAACACAUCAUUUGCGUAAGACCGGCAAUCUGGCAGCGCUUGAUGGAGUCGGCGAGGAGAAUCUAGAGUCUGCGUUUCACAUUUGUGAGAUGCCAAAUUUGGACAUUUUUGGCAUAUCGACCGCCAAAAAGCAGAUGGACUGCACCUGCCCAAAUUGUGAUAGAUUAGUGGCUGCAGCCAGAUUUGCACCACACUUGGAGAAAUGCAUGGGUAUGGGCCGCAUCUCAUCUCGCAUCGCUAGUCGACGAUUGGCAACCAAGGAAGGCUCUAGUGCCAGCACAAGCUCAACAUCAACUUAUUUGCAAUCAGGUGGUAAUACUGGUGGUACUGACGACGAAGACGACGUGGACUGGUCUUCUGAUAAGCGCAAAAAAAAAUCUACACAGAGCUCACGUAAUAAUGGAUCAAAAAAGAAUAAUGGAAAAACUUUUUAAUAUGCUGUCAUUUACACCUUUAUACCUAUGCACAUACAUAAAAUAAUUUAUUCUUCAUUUGCAUGAGUAGUGUAAACUUUCACAUAGUCAAUCAUCAGGCUUGGUUGUUCCCAGGACGUGAAUGAGUUUGAUUCAACAAAUUUGGUUACAGCUUUAACGUCGCCAUAACUAUAAUUCCUCAUCCCACGCAAUAAGUAAUCAUCUGCAAAGUUGAGACCGCCGCCUGCUGUCAGACCCAGUACAAUGAAGCACUAUAAAGAAGAUAUAAAUGAUAUAUUGCAAAGUAACAUUUCUAUAAUACAAAAAGUAUUAUAUCUCAUUAAAUUGAUUAGUUCUGCAAACUUAAAAUGGUUAUUGGGAUAACAAGCUGCAAAAUGACUUGCCGAUCGAUACGGAACAACAAUUACUUAUAAUAAAUACAACAAGCAUGCAACACAAUGCAAGCAUAAAAUAAGCAUGUGUAUAUAUCAUAACCAUUUUGAAACGUUACUGCUUCAAUGAGUCGCAAUAUUUUUUCACAAGUCAAAUCAAGUAAGCAUGUAUGUGCAUAGGGAACUCGCUGCAGAACUUUUCCAGCCAAAAGUUGGAGCAGGACCAACCAACAAGAGUUAGAAUGCUGCAAUGCUGUUCAUUAUUUGAUUUUGAGAACGUGAGUGAGCAAUUAAACGGAAUUUUAUUGCA